GCAAGAAUAGAUCAGCAUGGAGCCGACACCGCCGUGGUGGCGGCAGGAAAGGCGGCACCUGCCGCCUGCCAGCAAUCGAUAUGACCAGCUAGUAGAACGUCGGCACGUGUUGCCUGUGGUGCAUCCUGUGGUCGACCACUUUGCCAACAUCAAACCCAAAAUGUUUCCGUCUCCAAAGGAACCGCGCACGGAAGGUGUCAAGGUUAUUGGCAUGCCACCCGUCAUGGAAGAUCGAAGUCGAGGCAUCAGCACGCUCGUCAACGGCAACAACUUUGUGCCAACACAGCCAUUGGUGCGGUACAAAGUAUCGACUGUCCAUCCAAAUGUCCUUGCUCAAAGUCAGCGGGACAUCCAAGCCAAGUUGGAGACACGGAUGGGGGCCAAGAAACAUCGAGAGACGCUUGACGAGCGCAACAUGUUGACGUAUAGCGCACUGGGCGACAAAUCGUACAAGCGUCCAGAGCAUUCACCAGGGUUUUUCAAUCUCCAGUUGCAUCCGCGGCACAUGAGCAACAACGCGAUGGACUCGUCCAGGCGGCAGCAGCUCCUGGACUUGGAAGACGACGGGCAUGGUGGCGGCAGUGCAAAGGCAACCCAGACCACAUACGAAACCAAAAAGAAGAUCCAAAUGCUGCUCGAGGAAAAGACCGGCGUGACGUUACUCAGCACGUCGAAAGCGGGUCAGUUGAGCUGGGAAGACAGCACAGGCAAUCGGACGUGGAUCAAGAAAGACGUCAAAGGACAUCCGCAAGAUAGUCGAGAAGAAGAUGAAGGCGGUUAACUACAGCACAUAGUACUGUACUAGUAAGUCGCUAUCCAAC